UACCCUACCCAGACAACAAUGUUGCAGACAGCAGCACUGCACUCUGUAAAAGACACUUAUGUAACAACCCGUUCCCAUUAUUUUUUUUGUUAUGAAACGAAGAAAAUGCCGUUUUUGUGACUGAGUGGACUCUCCUCUUUGUCCUGUUGCUGACCACUAUCUUUUCAAUGACACCCUACUGACUGAACGGUAAUUUGUUUUUGUAAACUCUAUAGGCAACAAUACUUCCCACCAUGCAGUUGGAGGCCCAGCUGCGUCUUUGUCAGAGCUGUCUAUGGUGCUGCAAGAGCGGACUGCGCCUGCUCUUUCAGAGCUCUGUGCACAGAGCGGCAUUUAACCACUACGACCUUCUUGGUGUAAAACCUGAUGCCACACUGGAGCAAAUCAAGAAUGCAUUUUUCGAUAAAUCAAAAAAGAUGCACCCAGACAGUGACCCGUCUAACCCGGGGCUGCAUGGCCAGUUUGUGGAGCUGAACGAGGCCUACAGGGUGCUGAGUAAGGAGGUGUCCAGGAGAGAGUACGACCUGCGGCAACGGCACCCUUACACCGGGGGACAGGCCUUUAGACCCACCUCCACAUACAACCCCAGGGCGGAAGCUCAGGAGAGUAUGCGCUACUGGGAUCAGUUCAAACACUCUCAGCCUCAGGAGACCACAGCUGAGGCGUGGGAGAGGAAGAGGAAGAGGAACUUUAGAAUAGUUAGCUACUGUAUGCUCAUCAUGGGCCUGAGCAUCAGCGCUCACGUUCUCUUCUUUAGAAAGUUGGAGUCAGUCCAUAACAACUUCAUGGACGAAAAGGACAGGGUCAUCACACAGAUCUACAACGAGUCCAAAGAAAGGGCAAGAGUGAACGGGUUUAAGAAGCAGACAGAGAUUCUCAGACAGAAACAUGCAGACUUCCUGGAGAAAUACAAAAUCACUCGCAACAGUGGAGAGGACAAGUAGGAGUUUCAUAGAAUAAGAGUACACCUUAAAACAAGGUGGAUUGAGUUGGCGGAAGGCCAAUGAAGAGGAAUGGAUUCAGUCAGGAAGGGGAGUGAACGGUUGAGUGUGUUAGGAGUAGUUAGCUUUCAAAGAAAAUAACAUUGGGGCAAACGUUGAUGAUGUGCACAGCUGAUGUUUGCUUGGACCUCGGAUACUAAGCUGAGGAGUAAAAGAAAAAAAUGUGUAUUAACAACAGUAUGUAAUGCCUGGUUGAAACUGGAACUGGAACAGCAAAUGGGGUACAUGUCUUUGUCACAGUAGAAAGUCGACCCCAGAUGUUCUAGGUUUCUUCAGAAGGAGAAUGUUUGUGGAGGUUUGGUCCGUAAUCAGAAGACUAACAGCAGUAGGACCUGGUCGUUAGCAACACAUCUCUUCCUCUGUUGGAUGGAACCAAGACUCCUGUUAGCCAGUUGCUAAUUGGUUCACAGUGACAUGCCGUUUUCCCCCAUGCCCGUUCAGAGGAAGUCUGAUUGGGGUUCAUAUGACAGUGGGAAUUUGCACACUGGAGAUCCAGUACAGUGUUGCGUACUGAAGACAAAUCAAAGGUAAAAAUCCCUUCAUGAUGGAUAGGGGGUGCUGUGUACAGCUUCCCUUGAACCAAUGGGAUUCAGUCAUUGUGCCUCUCUGUGAGUCAAUGAUAUCAUGGAACUCUUGACAUCGCUACUGGGCCCAUGUUGGACCCAAAUACAGUCAUAAAGAGUUUUUCCUGACAAUGAUACCUAUAGGCAAUAUUUCAGGCCUAGAGCAUUUCCUGGUCAUAUGAUGAGGGAAAACUGUUCCCAGAUACAAUGCAUUCGGAAAGUAUUCAGACCCCUUGACUUUUUCCACAUUUUGUUACAUUACAGCCUUAUUCUAAAAUUGAUUAAAUAUUUUUUCCCCCUCAUCAAUCUACACACAAUACCCCAUAAUG